UUCAUUAUUUAUAUUACUGUAGUGGCUCUAAACAGUCGGAUGGAAACCAAGCAAAAUAUUGAAACAGUAGGAACUUCCAAACAUUUUGUGCGAAGGAAAGUUUGUUGAAUUUUAUUUUCGCUAGUCUAUAAAUUCAGUGAGCACAAAGUAACUGUCAACUGUUGUUGUUUUUUUUUUGUUUGUUAACACCUUAACUCGCUGAGUGCCAAUAGGGUUGUCUUUUAGCUGUAAGCUAGUACAACUUUCGUGCUGUGGUGUUGGCAACGAUUUUCAAAACAAAAACACUCUUGUCGCGGGGAGUUUUCAGUUUUUAUAAAAUUUUCCUAAGCAAUUAUUUUUGCGAGAUGAACCAACAAUGGACUAAGCCGUCCAAUGAAUAAUUCAAGUGAAAAAAAAAACAAGUAAUUUGUAUUACUGCUACACUUGUGUCUGUGAAUCUUUAAGUUCAAAAUUUAAAACAAAUUGCAACAGAAUAGAAACAGUUAGAUACCAAAAUAUAAUAUUUUUCCUACCGUAUUUUGUUGUUUUCAAUAUCAAUUACACAAAAUAAAACAUUUUCAAUCACGAACGUUAUCGGUGUAAACUUCAACUAAAAAAAUCACUAAAAUUUUCAACGACCGAGACAAACAUCACUGAGCACGAUCAUACACAACCACAAGGCAAACCAAACUGAUUAGAAUAAUUCGAGCACAACAAACCUACCUACCGCUCGAUUGUUUGCGUUGUUUUGGCUGUGUCUCCGUACUUCACAAAACAAACAAAACCAUGCUCGUGCAAAGCUAAAACUGUUGCAAAUCUCGGAAAAGAUGUUAAAAAGUGCACUAAAUAAUAAAUGUUCGACACUUUUCAAAGCAAUUGGGAGAAGAUAUGCGACACAAUCGUCGAUAAAACACGUUGGAAGAUCCAAAGAUUGGAAAAGUGUAAUUGGACUGGAGAUUCAUGCUCAAAUUCAGUCCAAAUCGAAACUGUUUUCUGGAGCGGAAGUUACCUUCGGAGCUGCCAGUAACUCGUGCGUGUCGUUAUUCGAUGCUGCAAUACCGGGAACGUUACCCGUUCUAAACCGGGCCUGCGUUGAGCAAGGCGUACGGACUGCCUUGGCGUUAGGGUGCACCGUAAGCCCGGUGUCAAUGUUCGACCGAAAGCACUACUUCUACGCCGAUUUGCCAGCCGGUUACCAGAUUACGCAACAGCGAGCGCCCCUGGCAAAAGCCGGCGUUCUUACGUUUCCAAUUGUGAUACCUGGUUGCAAGGGAAAGCCGUACUACAAAUCAUCUAGACUGUUUCAGUUGCAGCUGGAGCAAGACAGUGGAAAAUCUCUGCAUGAUCCUUACGAGAAAAAAAGUCUGGUCGAUCUCAAUCGAGCCGGAGUCCCAUUGAUGGAGCUGGUUUUUCAGCCGGAUCUUGAAACCGGUGAGGAAGCAGCUGCCCUGGUCAAAGAGUUAAUACUGAUUUUGACUCGAUUGGGAAGCUGUAAUUGCAGGAUGGAAGAGGGCGCCCUUCGCGUCGAUGCCAAUAUAUCUGUCCACCGGGAGAAUACUCCACUAGGUACCCGCACAGAAGUGAAAAACAUCGGAUCCGUUCGUGCAGUGGCCCAGGCAGUGGAGUUCGAAAUCGAGCGGCAAAUUAAAGUCCUGGAAAAUGGUGAAAAGAUUUUCAACGAAACCCGAGCCUGGGACGCAGUAGCAAAGAAGACAAUCUCCAUGCGUGACAAAGAGGUUGUACAGGAUUAUCGCUUCAUGCCGGAACCGAAUUUACCUCCGCUGUACGUGAGUGUUGAAGGUGCAAAAGACACCGGGAUUAAUGAUGUUGAUGCCACAAGCCUGUUGGCUGAACUUCCGGAGCUUCCGGAUGCAACACGCAAGCGGCUUGUAGAGGUGCAUAAGCUUGCGACAGAGAUGGCUAUUAUACUAGUGAACGACAUAACGUUAUAUAGACAUUUCCAUGCUAUUACGGAGGAAUCUGGUAAGCGGCGAUCUCCGAAAUCGGUGGCGAAAUUUCUUGUUAACGAGGUGUUAGCCACCUUGAAUAAGAAUAAAGUGGAUCUGCAGGAUUCUUGUAUUCCUUCGGAACACAUAGCCGAACUGGUUGAUAUGCUGGACGCGAACGUUAUCAAUUUACAAUUGGCGAGUCAGAUUCUACAGGAGUCAUUGGAUACUGGCCAUAAAGAAAGUCCAGCACAAAUCGCACAGCGCAAAGAUUGGGUAAUGAACAGCGAUAGUGACAGAAUUGAGUCACUUUGUCGAAAGGUUAUUGACGAGAAUCCUAAAAUAGUGUCUAAAUAUCGCAAAGGUAAAGAAAAAAUGAUAUACGCCCUAGCUGGAGAAGUUGCUAGAGCAAUGGAACAGAAGGUAGAUAUGGCGAAAGCAGUUGCUGUGUUAAAAGAAAUGUUAAAAAAAUAAUGUUUUUUAUAAAAUAACAUUUAGUAAGAUUGUAUUGUGUUGCUUUAAAA